CCUCUACACAACCUCAAAGUUCCCAUUAAUAUGAAUAAGGAACACUGUAGUGAAACAUUAUACGACUGUAUGGCUCUUGUAGAAUCAGGACUUAAUUACAAAAGGUGCGCAGAACUACGACUGCCUUUCAUUUGUUUUAAGAAGAACGUAGAAGUUCCCCCUAGUUUGGGGAAAUGUACUACUGUUGAUCCUGCCUACAAACUUCACGGCAUCCUCAACAGCUGUUACAAAUUCCAUCCUGAACCCAGAAAAUGGUCAGAAGCUUUCAAAACAUGUUCAGCAGAAGGAGCUUACUUAGCUAUUGUCAACAGUGAUGAAGAAGUUGAACACCUAAAGAAUCUGUUUGCGGAAUACCCUCCUAAAAUUUUGACUUCAGAUUACAAAGACUGUGUGUUUUUGGGAUACCGCAUUUUCGGAGAUGAAACAAUUACUAAUCAUCCUUUAUCUUACUUCUAUACUAUUCAUGGCCAAUUAUUGGACCAAGCAGGAUACAAUCGCUGGUCCGUAGGUCAACCUAACAGGUCCGGAAAUUGUGGUGGCAUGUACCGUACUGGAUUACUCAACGACAUUUGGUGUCAUGUUCCCUAUGCGUUUAUUUGUGAAAAAGAUCCUCAAAGCUAUUAAUGGACGGAUUCCGCUGAAUUGUCGUUUCGUUUUUGUUAUUGGGAAUCAUAAAAGUAAAUAAAAUUACAAAUAUACAAAAUAGAAAAUAAAAUCAUCCAUAAAAAAAACCCGAAGUGUUGUCAAUAACUUGCUUAAAAUUCCACGUUGCAAUAAUGCAUAUCAUAGUUUCCCAAAGAGAUCCCU